AAGCCAUAAAACAUCUCACAAACAGAAUUAUUACUUCAGAUUCAAUUGUACUAACCAUAAAAGUAUCAUUAGGUUUUUCUAAAAUCAUUAAACCAAUUCUAAAACGAGGUAGUAUUCAACAAAGACUGGUGCUCGUUCUUCAUCUGAUAUUGUACCAGAAAGAGAAGAGAAAAAGAUGGUUGUGAGGCUUCGUUUGUCUAGAUUUGGGUGUAAAAAUAAGCCCUUUUAUAGAGUCAUGGCGGCUUCUAGUAGGUCUCCUAGAGAUGGUAAACACAUCGAAGUUUUGGGUUACUAUAACCCUCUUCCAGGUCAGGAUGGACAAAAAAGAAUGGGGCUUAAUUUUGAUAGAAUGAAAUAUUGGCUCUCAGUUGGAGCUCAGCCAUCAGAUCCAGUUCAGCGAAUUCUGUUUAGAGCCGGGUUGUUGCCUCCUCCACCAAUGAUGGCAAUGGGACGUAAAGGUGGGGCACGUGAUACCCGGCCUGUUGAUCCCAUGACUGGACGUGUUUUGACUCCAGGAAAACCUAGCAGUUCAGAGAGUUCUGACAAUCCCAACAUCGAGGAUGUAGAAAUAGUAGAUACCGCAACAUCGUCCUGAUGCUGAUGCACAUUUCAUAGGUUUAGAGUUUGAAGCAGAGGCGCUUAGCAUCCUGCAGUUCUUAGCGCAACUCUGUGUUUUAAUCACGAUAUACUUGAAUGAACAUUGUACUAUCUGCAAUGCCUGCUCAAUUUUGGUUGUAGACUCUUGAAAGUAGGUCGAUGUUAGAAUAAGCAAUUCUAUCAGAACAUCAUCACUUUGGCAUUUCUGUCAUAAAUUGUUGGAUUGAUCCCAAAAUGUAUUUUAGGAGACAUCUGAUGAAUCUGGAUCAUUUAUCUUGUA